CACCCUUCCGCUACUUCUGGUCAACCUCAUUAGGAAAAUACCCAGAGCAUCAUUGGCCCUCAUGCCACGAACUCCCGAUGCUCUGCGAGCCAGCUCGUCUUCUCAGAGCUCCCCAAACUCCAGAUGUCGUACCUGCAAAAGAUGUCGGACAAGAAAAGUGAAAUGCGAUGGUCACUUCCCAAAGUGUGGGGCAUGCCAUGCGAAGCGCCUUGUGUGCGAUUAUCCACCAGAUGCAAGGACCAAAACUGCGAGGUCAAAAAGGUCGUCGGAUGUGGAGGGUCUUCAAAGGCAACUCCGCACAUUGCAAGAGCAGGUGUCAGGACGUUCUACUCACAAUUCUUGGAUGGAAACUCUUCAGCCAAACAAUACUCUUGUUAAUGAACCUCAGGGCUUAGCUACAGAAUUAGCGGCGGAAUCGGAGCCCACACCAUCAAAAGAUGUACAACAAACCACAAUAUUCCAUGGAGAACAACCACAAUCACCUGGACUCUCAUGCCGACAUGCCGGUAACACCGUUGCAAUUAAUGCUGAUCAGGCGAGCCAGCAAGGUGGACAGCAGGGUGUCUCUUGUACGACAGCUAGUCACGGAGAGAAGGCUGCCUUUUACGGCGCAACCAGUCUUCACCAUGACCCUUUGAAAAACAAGCAUUUACGUCUCAAGCCUCUUUCAGACGACCAAAUGCAAUUGUUGACGGAAAUAUCCCGUGAUCGACUCGUGUCCUACGCGUCAGCAAAGCGACAAGAGGAGAUCGUGCUUUAUAAUUCUCCUGGUAUCUUGCAUAACAUUGACUUCGAUGGCGUCUCCCCUGACACGGCAAUGCAUCUUUUGGAUUUACAUUGGAACAGACAGCAUCUGUCCUACCUGCAAACCUAUCGACCUGCGAUUAUGGAUAGUCUUAUUAAUGGUGGGCCGUAUGUCAACAAACUACUUCUCAACGCGAUCUACUUUUCAAUCUUCCCAUACAGUGACAGAGAGUCCUUGCGGGCGGAUCCCGAACAUCCACAGUCAUUAGGGAUGAAAUUUUAUAAUCGAUUCAAAAGUCUGGUCUCCGACUACAUUGAUCAGCCAAGUAUUGCAACGGCUGUGGCCUUCCUGACAUGCGGAUCUAGCUUAGUGCCACAUGGAAAGCAAAGCGCUGCCUGGGUGUUUUGUGGUGUCGGAUACAGAAUGAUUAUGGACCUCGGUUAUCACCUGGAGGAUCCGUCUCCAGAAUUCGAAUCUGGGGUCAGACUGGCAGCAAUCGAGAUCGAACUCCGGAGAAGGCUAUAUUGGGGAGCAUUUGUGACCGACAAAUUCCAAUCGCUUUUUCAAGGCCGACAGCCCAUGCUACAUUCCUCGUCCGCUCGUAUUUCACACGAAUAUUUAGACACGUAUGAGGAGCUGGAACUCUGGAGCCCAUACAGGGAUCCACUUGCUCAACCCCUGGACGCAAGCGCUCCAGCAUACAUGCCUCGCCCAUCAUAUACAUUAACUACCUUCGAGGCGCUACGGCAGUUGUGCGAAAUCGCCUGCCAGAUCAUUGACACUUUCUAUUCAAUAAACAGUCCUGGGAUGCCCCAGGAAUACCUCUUGCAACGAAGGGAUGAAAUAAGGGACCAACUUCAACACUGGAAGGAUAGCCUACCGCAUCACCUUCAAUUCGAACCAUCAAUAGACCCGACACCUCCACCGCACCAAAUAACACCGCACACAACACACUGGGCUCUAGUAAUCCUUGUGGAGCAAGCGUUCCUGAAGCCAGACCACUUUCAGUUCAAUUUAGACCCAUCCUCAGAGCUUGAGUCGAAAAGAAUGUGCAUUGAUGCUGCUCUUAAGAUAUGGGGGCUUGUACAAGCCUACAAGAAUGCUUUCACUCUUCGACGCGCCCAGUAUGGCAUUUCUUAUGCCACCUAUUGCGCAGUUCUCGUCCUUCUUCACCACACUGAUCAGAGCUCUGGGGAUUUUGCUGAUUGUAUUCGUUUCUUCUGGUCUGCUCUACUUGAGUACCAACGAGGUUGCAGUUUUGGUCUGAAGAAACCAUUGAAAAUCCUGAGAUCUCUAAUACACCGUCUCAAUGGGAUGAGCUCGGGAGUGUCAGAUCAAAGCGAUGCGGGCAUCACCGCGGCCCUCGACAUGAACGAUAUGGGUCCUGACUUCCAGUCAAUGUUAGAGCCACUCGCUCGUGCAGAAGCAGAUGCAUGGGUUAGCUCAUGGUUGAAUACCGCCCCAGAAGAGGGGUGCCUGGUAAAUGAGACUAUUUUCGGUCUUUUUAUGACAGAGUAAUUGUCAGGCGAUGCGGAAUAAAAACACAGUUAUUCUUUCAUCGAGAGAAUCGGGUCGCUUUGCAGUCUCUUCGUCGUUUCGGACAUGCGGACAUGCGGAUAUACAUAUCCGACCGGCUAUAAUCCAAUUCGGGAUCAGUAACCGAGAUGUCCGAGUAUGGUCGACACCACCAUGACUAGCUUCGUGCUUUGACACCAGGCAAUGGAAACAACUGCAUCGC